CUAAACUCUCUCUCUCUCUCUCUCUCACACACACACACACCACGAUCCUCUCGAAAACCAUAUCGAAACCCAAUUCAAGAGAUUACUAGAUUACAAACCUGACGCGUUGGCAACAUGGUCGGGGCCCCGAUUGAUGAACGGAUACCAUAAUUGAACCUGGAGCCGAUGAAAUCUCCAAUUACAGAAGUUGAAUUUAGCGAAGGAGUUAAUCCCGAACUCAAUGGGUGUUCAGAGAGAACCAUGUACGGUGGAUACGACUCCUGAGAUUCUUUUGGCAUAUUUACGUUGGUAAUUUUUCUUGAAACCCCUAUAUCUUUUUAAACUUUUGUGCAUACAGAAAGGUGGCAAGGUACUUGCUCAGGCACUUUACAGAACUUGUUGGAGGUUGCACAAUGAAGAGCCAAGAAAGAAAGUGCAAGGCUAUUCUAUGAGACAUUGGUAUGAUCUAUGAAUCUCUCUGUAUCUUUGCAUAGGGAGAAAACAUUUGCUCUUGUGUAUUCUUUUAUAUUCCUAUCACACUUGUAGUGUAGCUUUGAAACGUAUAAGCUUAGUUGGAUGUUGUUUAAGCUAGUCUGUAGUAUUUUGACUUUCGAUACGAUGCUUAUGCAUGUUCAUGGACUAAUUACUAAGUUAUUUCAAUAUUGUCGAGCAGAAACACAUCCAGCACCUACUGCAAAGUUUUGAGUGUCUUGACAAAUGGAAUAUAAACGCAAAACAUAAGCUAUGAGCACAAGUACACAACUACAAUAUAAACACAAAACAUGAGUAAUCUUAAUAUUAGAUAUGAGUUCUAUAAUUUAAUGUUGUGCUACUGUGUGCAAUUUUCUCUAAUUCUAUAUUUGGUUAACUCUGUUUACUAGGUGUUAUCGAUUUGAAUAUAUAUGAAAAGGGGAUUGGUGGUUGUUUGAAACAUUGAAUCAGAAGCAUUUGAUUCAAUUUACUCUCUUAAAGAUACUGUAUCCAUUCUUGUAACGAUGCACCCCUUGAGUAUUGUACUUACAUAGGCAUUUGCAAGCAUAAUUAGCUAUAAUGAGCCACGUUCAUGCUACCGCCAGCGGUGCCAACUCCCUCCAAAAGAGUGACCUACGGGUACACAGCCAAGCAGGCUACCGCCUGAGCCCCGGCUUACCCCCAGAUCACCGCUGACAGGCCGCUAUGCGCCACGCCAAGACAGCAUCAGAAGCUCCUGAAGCUGGGGACUGAAGCAUAUCAGUCCCACAUCGAAAACAUGGAGAAGCUCAGCUCCUUCUUCACCUAUAUAUAAAAGGUUCUCUCUUCUCUCCUCAUUAAUGACGCAUUGAAUACUUACCUACUGUUACUUUGUCAACAUAAAUACAUUGACUAACUUAGGCAUCGGAGAGUUGAAGACCGCCCAGCGCGGUCUCCCUCUGACGCCCUCUGUAUUUUACUUGACAGGUAGCGGAAGCCUUUAGAACAUCACAAGUAUCGGUCCGCCCAUCGGAUCAGCGUUAACAAAGGUUUAGCUACCGCUGAACUUUUAGACAUUAACAUUGGCGCCGUCUGUGGGAACCCUUAAACAAAAUGCCAUCCCACCACAACUACCACCAUGACUAACAGUAGCGGGGAAACGCUGAGGAGCAAGCUGGUCAGUCCGCCAACCCCCAUCGCACCAACCCCGCAGACAACGUUAACCCAGCGGUCAACGUUAACCGUGCACUAUUCAACACACCGGUCAACCCCAGCGUCGAACCCCAGGUCACCCCCCAGAUCCCGCCAACCCAAACUUCAGCGGAGGCUCAGCCGAGCGGCAGCCGCCCACCGGUACAGGACCUCGCCACUAUGUAUGAGCUGGCACUGGCGGACCUUCACAAAGCAAAUAGAGAGCGCGAGCAGGAGCGCAGAGAAAAGGUCGAGGCCCAAAAGCAGGUGGCCACGCUGAUGUCAAGAUUUGACGAAUUGAAGAACGCGUUGGAGGCAAACGCCAACCCAGCGCAAAGUGAGCAAUCGCGGAGCACCAGACGCAGUCAACCUAACACUAGCGGAAUGGUACCCGGACCAAUCAUUCAGAUGCAGGUACCGCUGAACCCACUAGAGCUACGAGGAAUGGGACCACCUCCUCCGCCCCGGCUAAUGUUGGAGCAGGAGGCGGAGUCACAACCACACACCAACCGCUCGGCACUCAGGGCUAGAACAGAGGGUAAUGUACCAGCCCCCAAGCAGGGGCUGGUUCAACGGAACAUCCAGGCGGGACCCGAUGAAGACACAACCGCCCUAAUACUGGAGCGGAUGCAACAACUAGAGCAAAGGCUAAUCCGGGCGGAGGCAGGCGCCCUAGCGCCAAUACCAAAUCCACUCUUUGCAUCCAGGCCAGGAUCCUGCAUGCCAUCCGCCCGGCGCACGCGAAGACACCAAAGAUGUCACAUUACAGCGGCAAGACUGACCCCUUUGUCCACAUGGACACCUUCAAAAAAGUCACCAAUAAUAAGGGAUUCGAUGACGCCACCCUCUGCCACUUGUUUAGCGAAACGCUGGAUAGUGAGGCGAUGAGUUGGUUCUUUGAGUGCCCGCCAGGAUCCAUUGACUCAUUCCAUGCCCUAUCAAAUGCUUUCCUCUCUCGGUUCAUCCUAUUGGCCGCCGGACACCACAGUACUACUCAACUGUUCAGCCUCAAGCAGGGAGAGGAGGAAACAUUGAAGGCGUUUGUUACCAGGUGGAGAGCGGCAACCUCCUAAUGCCCCGAUCUUGAUAAGCCAAUGGCUCUGGCAGCCUUCAAGCAGGGACUCCUCAAGGGGCCAUUUCUCUAUCACCUCAAUUGCAACCAUCCAAAUGCCGCUUACGACCAUGUCAUGAGCGAAGCUGUCAUCCAUGCACAGGCAGAAUUCAUCACAUAUGGAGAAACCCCCCCCCCCCCCACCACCACCAACACCUGUGAAGUCCACUCAACCCUCCGCCAGCCAUCAGGAAACCGCUAGCAAAACCCCUGCUACGCCGCCGACUGAUAAGGAGAGAGAGUGGCAACAGGGCAACUACCAAAGCAAGCGGCAGAAGGACCAACAUUACAGUAGGGGUAACCGCUCAGCUCAUGGGGAUAACCGUAAUAAACAGGCGGAGUCCUCACAGCGGUACGCAGUGUUUACAGUCCUUAUGGCCUCAUACGAGGAAAUAUACGACCAGUGCAAGGAUCAGAUCCAACCACCACCUCCAAGAAAAUACCCAAGAACGGGAAAGCCCAGAAACACCGGUAAAUGGUGCAAGUACCACGAGGACAGCGGGCACAAUACCAACAACUGCAACGCCCUAAAAACGGCCAUUGAGACCUUGUACCGAGAUGGUAAGAUGGAGCAAUUCAAGGUGCACCAGCCACCACCCGUGAUCGCCAACAUUGAGCCCAUGGGCCGCAUCAACACCAUCGACGGUGGUGCCCCAAUCACCAGCAUGUCUCACAGGGCCAAAAAACGCUAUGCACGUGCUAACCACCCCAAGGAGGUAUGCAAUAUCCGCUAUGAGAGAUCCGCUAAACUCCCGAAAUCUGGUUGGGAGCCCAUCACCUUCUCAGAGGAGGAAGAGCGCGGAGUACAUCUGCCCCACGACGAUCCAUUCUUGAUCGACGCCAUACUCGACAAAUAGUCAGUGGGAAGAAUCCUUGUCGACAGCGGGUCCGCCGUAAAUGUCAUCUUCAACGGUUGCUACGGCAAACUCCAGCGGAAUAGAAAACUACUACAGGAUCAUGAGCCAUUGAUUAGCUUCUCCGGUGACAUCACACAGCCAUUGGGUUCUGAUUACAUGCGACUAGUUAUCGACACUAGUCCAUGUAAGGCGGAAAUCCAUACAGAGUUCAUCAUCGUAGACUGCUUCAGCUCGUAUAAUGCCAUCAUUGGUCGACCGGCACUUAACAAGCUCAAGUGCAUCAUCGCCGGAUACAUGCUCCUCAUGAAGUUCCCUACUCCCAACGGGACAGGCUGUGUGAGGGGAAGUCAGCAAUUGGCACGAGAAUGCUAUUCCACAACCGUGGCACGAUCCGCACGCCGCCACGAAAUCCUGACAGUGGGAGGCCAUGCACCGCCACCAAACAUCUUCGAGGAUCCCAGGGAUGACGAGAAGAAAUAUGUAAAAAAGGAGCCUGUCAACCCAGAGGCAUCCUUAAGGAUCAUCAAUGUCUCCGACGAGCAUCCUGAGCGGACAGUCCGCAUCGUCGCUCAGCUAGACCCUGAGGUGGCGGCUAAGCUCACCCAAUGUCUACGUGAUAACGUUGCAGUCUUUGCAUGGUCCUACGCUGACAUGCCAGGCAUCUCCGCUGAGAUCAUCACGCACAAAUUAAGUAUCAAGCCAUCCGCCUACCCUGUCAAGCAGCGGCGAAGGGCCUUUGACGAAGAGAAGUAUCGUACACUAGGGGAAGAGGUGACCAAGCUCCAGAGCAUUGGAUUCAUCCGCCAAGUCAAUUACCCUCAGUGGAUCUCCAACUUGGUCAUGGUAAAAAAGCCCAGCGGAAAGUGGCGAAUGUGUGUCGACUUCAAGGGCCUCAACAAGGCAUGCCCCAAGGACAGUUUCCCGCUACCUUGCAUAGACACUACUAAAAACAAUUGCAAUUGCUUCGAAAAUUUGCGACGGAAAACGUUUCCGUCGCGAAAAGUCAGCUUUUGCGACGGCAUGUACUACGACUAUAUUACCGUCGCAUCUUGGAGAGUUUUUGCGACGGAGGUAACCUUACCGUCGCAUAAUUAUACAUCUAUUGCGACGGUAUAGUCACGCCGUCGCUUGUCUAUAAUUAAAAUAAAAAAAUAAAAAAAUAAAAAAACAAGACUAUUCAAUUAAUCCUUCAUUCCUUCAGAUUAGAUCUAGACCAAAACUGAUUUUCUUUCAUGCCACUUCCUCCUCUCUCUCUCACGCUUUAUUCACCGAGCUCAAAACCCUAACCUAGCGAUCCCCGGCCUCCAUUGAAGCGAGAGAUUUGGUCAGAAGCGGAGGAUAUCGAGCUUCAUUGAUGACAUGGUCGAGGAGGAAGAGGAGGACGACGACGAUGAUGAAUACGGCCCCUAUCGUGGCGGCAGCGGCGGGAGUCGUAAGCGGAGCAAGAAGAGGCCUUCUGGUGGAUUUUCUUGAUUUCGCAUCGGUGGUCGAUUCAGAUGAGGAGGAUGAGGAGGAAGAUACUGUACCAAUAUUCAGAUGAACGAAGAGGUUGCGAUUAAGCUGCAAAAGUAUGGCACACCAAAACAGGAUGCACUUAGAAGGGAUCUAACUAUUAACAGCUUAUUUUAUAAUAUCAAUACCAAAUCCAUUGAAGAUUGGACUAAUAGAGGAAUUGGAGAUCUAAAAUGUGGGAAAAUUGCUACUCCUUUACCACCAAAGGAUACAUUUAUGGAGGAUCCGCUAUGAGUUCUUCGAGCUAUCCGUUUUGCUGCAAGGUUCGGAUUCAUACUCGAUGAACAACUAAAGGAAGCUGCUGCCUGUGAUGAAGUGAAAGCUGCUCUAUCAGCUAAAAUUAGCAGAGAGCGAAUUGGAGCUGAAGUAAAUUGAUCUGAUGAUCUCCGGAAACCAACCUGCCCAAGCUAUGACCUAUAUAUGUGACUUGAAGUUAUUUUGGGUUGUCUUCAGUCUUCAUCCACAGUGUGAGCCAUCAGAAGGAUGUGACAGCGAUUGUGUUGCGUACUUGGAUUUUACUUGGAAUCUUAUUCAAUUAGUGGGGCACUCUACCUUCAAUGACGAACAAAGAAGGCUCUCCUUUUAUGCUGCAAUGUUCCUUCCACUUAGGAAGACUAUGUAUAAAGAUAGGAAAGCAAAAGAUAUGCAAUCCAUCUUGCUGAUGUUGGAUUUAAAGAGGAAAAUCCAGAUGAUGAUCGAAGGCUUGGUUUUUUCAGAGACAAUCUAAAUAGGAUUAGAAUGGGGCUGCUCCAGCUAGAAGUGUUCUGGUGUGGAUCCUAAUAUAAAUUUGAAAGUAUGCUUAGGCAGCAGCUGUGGUUGAUAGUCUGGCCAUCUUUUAGAAGUGAAGGUGCUGCAGUGCUGUUGUUUUGGCUUACUCUUGAUUGCUGCUUGGUUAUAGAGGAUGGGUUUCAUAUUGUAAUUUGAUAUUUUUCGGUUCAUAAUAAUUGCUAUAGAUGGUACUAGCUUUGGUGUGCAAUUCACACCAUUUUUUUUAAAAGGGGUUUUGUCCAUUUACCCCAUUUCUAGGGAUUUUUUUCUCACUCACC